AUGGCGGCCAGACGUGCUGCCUCAAGACGCGUUCGAGCACCCUUCGCUGCUCUCGCAGCACUUUGGUUAGUUGCAGCAGUGAUUUCCUUGGUCCAGCUGAACUUCGUUGGACCAGGGAUCUCACCUCCCAGGCGUUUGGCCAGGGGUUUUCGCAGCAUGCGAUUGGUUCAACAGCGAGCUGAGCCCGAGAUAGAGCAUGUGCCGGUGUCAGGUAAGUCCUUGGAUUUGGUUGUUGGGAAGUACUACAAUGCCGUCGUGAAAAAGUUUGUGCCAAAUGGAGUACAGCUGGACCUCGGUGUGGAGAAGCCGGGCUACCUACAUGUGUCGAGAAUGAAGCCCAAAGGAGAAUUUGUGAGCGACCCCUCAGAAGUCUUGACUUUGAAGGAUGUUAUCCCAGUUCGCGUUUGGAAAAUCAAGGGACGUGAAGUGGAGGUUCGGGUGCUGCAGGUCAUGAUGCCUGGAGCCGCACAGGCAGAGUUCCAGAAACGGCCGCUUUGGGACUACAAAGCUGGAGAGGAGCUCGAAGGAACCGUUACGGGGCUGCGCAAGAGAGCGGCGUUUGUGGAUGUUGGGGCGAUGGUAGAUGCAUACUUCCCGGAGGAGAACUGGGGAGACCUGGAAGGCAAACUGGAACUGGGCCAAAAGUUGAAGUUUCGGAUUGAGAAGGUGAUGGGCAGCAGGAUAAUUCUUGAAGAGGCUUGA